AUGGAACAACCAUUUAGGAUCUUUAAUAAUCCAUUGUCUGAUGUUUUGGAUAAUAAUUAUGAAAAAAGGGAUAAAUGGAAAAAUAUACCCUACAAUGAGAAUAAAGGCCAGUAUAAUAAUAGACAAUGCAAUCAUCAUAAUGGUGAAAGAAGAACUAGCAAUGGAGGAAUUAUUGGUAACUGGAAUAAUAGAGAUAAGACCAACAAUGUAAGUAAUAAUAGAGGUAAGAAUGGCAAUAAUGGAAAUUAUGGCAACAAUGGCAAUGGAAACAAUGGAAAUGGAAAUAACAAUAAUCAAAAUGGUGGUGGAGGCAACAAUGGAAACAACAAUCCAUUUUGGGGUAGGGAUAAGGAUUCAUCUGAGGAUGAGAAGUCAUCAGAUGUACAAUGGAGGAGAGAGAGCCAGCAGUACAACGUACAACAAGUUUUCACUGAUGAUGAUGUGGACACCCUAGCCUUGAGGAGAUUGUUCCAUGAGAAAGAGCCAGUGCAUUCCUUGAGAAACUUAACAUAUGAAGAAAAUAAAGCUUACACUAUGGCAAUAAUAGCACAGGCAAAAAGCAAUUAUCAGCUAAGGAACAUAACAGUGAACCCAGAGCAAGGUAAGCCAUCCGGGAUAUUUUCAAAGGUUCCUAAAGCUAGUGGAAACAAAGACACCAUUACCAAUGAAGAAAAGGAAGGUGCAGUAGAAAAGGUCAAACAAAUAGAACCUCCUAAAUUGACAAAGCUGAUUGAAAGGAAACAAAUUAGUAAGCCACUUUCAAAUUGUGGAUCAUUUAUGUCUUAG